AUGGCCCAGCUGAUGGCGUGCUCCAACGGCGCCAGCACGCAGAUCUUCCCUGGCUCAUUGAGCCCGCUCGCGCUGUCGAUCUUCAACAUGAACUACCCCCAGACGCGCAAGAGCUCCGGCUUCAGCACGGGCAACAAGGUCGCCAUCGCCAUGGAUGAGGCUGCGUUUUUCCAGCGGCGCGGCGGGGAUUGGGACCAAAUUGUGGCUUACACUUCGUACGACGCCCUGGGCCGAUGCAAACGCCACCGGCUGGUCAACGUGGAUGAGAUCUACAAGUACCUGAAGUUGGUUGGCUGCGUGUCCUCUGGCGCGAGUGGGAAGUCGGACGCCGCGGCCGGGUCCGUCGCUGAUGCCGCGAGCGAGUUGCACGGCUCCGACAUUGCCGCGUGCUGCUACCGCCGCAUCAUCGCGACGGGGGCCCCGGUCGAGCCGCGCCAACUGUCGCCGCGGAGUUUGCUGUUCCCCGUGCACGUGAGGAGGUGGGUGUGGCCGCAACUCCUCGACGCGAUGGUCGAACCGCUUGAGCUGCCCGACGGCGUCGCGAAGAUGGACGUUGCCCAGCGGGCGCUGCAGCUCGUCCGCUCUGGCCCCGCUGACGCUGAGGACUCCAAUGGCGAGGGGGGAGAUGACGGCGCCUUCGCGCCCAACGCAGGCGGCUACCGCAUCGCGCUCGCGGGCGGCACGGCCACUCGCCUCCGCUCUAAGAAGCAGACGCCACUCGGCCCCGACGCGCCCGCGCGGGUGCCCAAGAUCCGCACAGCGAACCGCGACAUCCCCAUCCCAGCUGACCAAGAGUUGCAAUCGCUGGCCAAGCGCGUCCUCGAGUACUUCAGGGAGCCGCACAUGGAGGUCCCCUGGAAGCCGGCUGCCCACUUGACGUUCAAGAGGUUCCAGACCGUCUUCGAUGCGCAGGCCGCCAAAGCGCGGGACAGCGACGCUGCCGGCGCGGUGGGGGAGGCGGCCUGGCUCGGGGCCGCCCCCUGGCACUUGGGGAUGUUGACGGUUGCCCUGCUCGUUCUCGAGAUUGCCGUCGAGGUUGACGACGCGCCCGCCGCUGCCGGCGGCGCCGCCGCCGCUGCCGGCGGCGCCGUCGAUGCGCUGCUGCCGCAGGCCCUGGCCCAGAGGCACGUGGAGGUCAGCCACUGCGCUCGCGCGCAUGACCCCCUCAGGCUUUUCCAUCGCCUCUUCGACGACGGGCGCGCCAACCCCGACCGCAGGGGGCCCCGGAUUACGCUCGAGCUCCCCCCCGCGCAGGACGAGGAGGCCGUUCGUGCUUACCACAAACGCCUGAUGGGCCUCUGCGGCAUCGGCUACACGUCGCUGUGCAAAGCCAUCCGCAAGAGGAGCCAGCGCAAGGCCGCGGAGCCGAGGGCGCUGGCCCAGCGGUUGGCUUUCCCGAACAUCAAGUAUGUCAUCGACCAUCUGCAUUCUCGUGGGCACGUGGACCCCCGGUGCCUUGAGAACUGCGUGGCCGGCGCCGAGUGCAACCAAGCUCUUCUCGAGGGAGUCAACGCGUCCGUUUGCGAGCAGACCUUCAGCCGCCUUGGCCAGCAUAAGUUCGCCAUCCGCUGGAUGGACCGCCUGACUUCAGUUAUGUUUUUGCACGAAAUGGCGGAAGUGCGCAACCAGCGUUGGCUGGCCAAGAACUAA